AUGGUGCCCAAGGGUGCCAUGGAGUCCUGGGGGCAGAUCACCUUCACACACUUCAACACACACACAAAAUACAAGUGGCUGCACUUAAGUGAGGACCGUCUGUACCUGAAUGUGUACGAGAAGAUGACAUCACCCCUUGCCCGGGGUCUCUUCCGUGGGGCCAUUUCCCAGGGUGGCGCCCCAGUACUCAGCUUCAUCACUCCUGAUCCACUGAAGGUGGCCAAGAAGCUUGCCCGUCUGGCAGGCUGCAACCACAGCAGCACAAAGAUUCUUGCAGACCACCUGAGGGCAUGAUGAGGGGCUAAGGGGAUAUGUGUGCCCAAGAGGAUGAGACGCUUCCACAUGCACUCCAGGGAAGACCCUGGAGAGGUUGUGCGGUUCAUGAGCGCCGUGGUGGCUGGUGCCGUGCUCCCAGACAACCCUGUGAUGCUCCUGACGCGGGGGCAGGUGGCCCCUGUGCCUUACCUUCUGGGUGUCAACAGCCUGGAGUUCCGUCGGCACUUGCCUUUUAUCAUGGAGCUUCCGAUAAGCCAGCUGAGGAAAGAAGCCAUCACCGUCAGGGAUGCUCACAGCAAUUACCGGCCGAGGCGGCUGGGGAAGGGGCAAUUAGUGCGGGAGACGCAGGCCCUCGGCUGUGCCCGCGCUGACCACAGCCCCCGCAGCGCCGCCGCCGCCGCUCGCCCGCCGCCGCCCUCCCUGCCCGGCAGACAGCGCCAGCCGCCUGGGAGCCCCGGGGGACGCGCCGUCCGGCCUCCUGCCAACUGCAGUGAUGGAUCCAGCCGCCUGGCGCGGGGCCAGAGCCCGGCGGACGCGAGGGCGCCGGGAGCUGCAACUCGCCGCCGCUGGGUGGUGGGGGUGAGCCGAGGGAGGCCUCCCUCCCUGCGAGAGCUGCUGCGCCCGCGACGGCCCCGCGCCCCGGCGCCCGCCUUCAGUCGCCAGGCAGGCGGGAUGCAGCGGCGGGCGCAGUGGUGGGCGGGGGCGGGAGGGGGGUGCCCUCUUAUGGCCUCACGGUCCUCUGACUUCGGCACCUCCAAGGCUCCGGCCUAG